AUGGCAGACCCACAAAAGUCUCCACCGGCUGUCCAGGAAUUGCCCAAGCUCACCGUUACUAAUGUAAUUAAGGACAUUUAUGAGGGAGUCAACAAUUUCAUUUUCAACCUGAACAUGAAUAGGUUGGUGGUGCCUCUUGUGAUAUCUUUGGCAUCGAUUCUUACUAAGAUAGUCAUCGCUAAGGUCAAAUACACAGAAAUCGACUUCUCCACAUACAUGCAACAGAUUGAGUUGGUUAAUGCUGGUGCUCUCGAUUAUUCAUUGAUCGCUGGUGAUACUGGUCCAAUCGUGUAUCCGGCUGGGUAUGUUCAAGUCUACCAAUUUCUCUUCUGGUUGACCGACGGCGGUGUCAACUUGAGAAUUGCCCAAGCUUUCUUUGGCUAUUUGUUCACUGUUACCGUUAUGAUGAGUUGUGUGGUCUACACAAUGGUGGAUGGCAUUCCUCCAUGGACUCUUUAUCUCUUACUUGCGAGCAGAAGAUUGGUAUCGAUUUAUGUCUUGCGUAUGUUUAACGACUGCUUCACCACAUUGGCUAUGAUUUCAGUAAUCUUAUUGCUUCAGCAAGGCUCGUACUGGUCUUCCAGACUUUCUGACUUCCACAUGACACUAUUGUGUGGAGUCGCAGCUGACGUCUACAGUAUGGCUAUACUGGUUAAGAUGAACGCAAUCUUAUACCUUCCAGCGUUUGUGGUGGUAGUUUACUUUUUGGUUGGUGAACGUUUCUUCCGCCUUUUGGCUGUUCUCACUGUAAUUCCAGUUGUUCAAGUCAUGAUAGGUUGGAGAUUCCUCUUGCCCUUGUUCUGGGAUGAAGAGGCUCGUUACUUGAGAUGGACAUACCUCUCCAAAGCAUUUGAUUUCUCCAGAAAAUUUCUCUACAAGUGGACGGUGAACUGGAAGUUUGUACCCGAGGAAACCUUUUUAUCAGACGAGUUUGGAAUUGCGCUUAUCGCAGGUCACUUGGUGGUUCUUUUAUUCUUUACCUUGACAAGAUUCGUAUCCCCAAAGAUCACUGGUAAGCCCAUUCUUCAAUUGGUUAAAGAUGUUUUCAACCCAUCUAAGACGAUCUCCAACAAGAAUCUACUUUUGGACGUUACUAAUGGCCCCAAGUUGAUCCUUCUCAUCUUCACCACAACCAACUUGAUUGGCGUAUUGUUUGCCAGAUCUUUACACUACCAAUUCCUUUCAUGGUAUUGCUGGCUGUUGCCCUUCCUCCUCUACGCAUCGGGUACCAAUGUCGUAUUGGCUGUGGCAACCUUCCUCUUCCAUGAGUGGUGCUGGAACGUGUUUCCGGCCACACAGCAAAGUUCACAAGUUCUCGUGAUGAUCUUGGUCACUACUCUCUUUACAGUUUGGGCUAACGUAUCAUUUUGGUUUGGAGAGGAGAAGGAAAAGACAGAAUAA